AUGAGUGCAGUUAGCGAUGCGAUGUCGAAACGCUCGUUGUUGGCGGCCAUUGCCGAUGAAGACUCCAUCACCGGCUUAUUGUUGGCGGGCGUGGGCCAGGUCUCCGGCGAGGAUGGCAAGGAAACCAACUUCUUGACGGUGACCCCCGGCAAGACGUCGGUCGAGGAAAUUGAAGAAGCAUUUGAAACCUUCACCACCGUGAGAAAGGAUAUUGCCAUUUUAUUGAUCAACCAGCACUUGGCAGACUUGAUAAGACAUAGGGUUGAUUCGUAUACCAAUGCAUUUCCUGCCAUUCUUGAGAUUCCUUCAAAAGACCAUCCUUAUGAUCCUGAGAAAGACUCGAUUCUUAAGAAGGUUAGACGGUUAUUUGGUGAGUAG